UUAAGGCGUAGAGAGGACUGAGGAGCCUCAGUCAGCAAACCCGUUUUUGGAUUUUUGAAUUCCCACUCUUAAAUCUCAAAUCUUGAGACCUUUUUUUUUUAAUUUUAUUCUUGAAGUGGAAAAAUGGGCGUUUUGGAUCAUUUAUCAGACUAUUUCGAUUGCUCUUCUGGCCACUCCAAGCACAAGAAACGCAAGCAAUUGCAGACGGUGGAAGUGAAGGUGAGAAUUGACUGUGAAGGAUGCGAGAGGAAAGUGAAGAGAGCUGUGGAGGGGAUGAAGGGGGUGAAACAGGUGGACGUUGAUCGGAAAGCCAACAAGGUCACCGUCGUCGGCUACGUGGAGCCGUCGAAGGUGGUGGCGCGUGUGGCUCACCGGACCGGUAAAAAGGCCGAGCUCUGGCCCUACGUGCCAUACGACGUCGUCGCGCACCCCUACGCGCCCGGAGUGUACGACAAGAAGGCGCCCGCUGGCUACGUACGGAAGGCCGACGACCCCAACGUGUACCAGCUCGCACGUGCCAGCUCCACCGAAGUCCGUUACACCACGGCGUUUAGUGACGAGAACCCCGCGGCCUGCGCUGUCAUGUAACGGAGUGUUGCCGUUUUUGUUGUAAAUGCGCUGUAAAAAUAAAGCAUUAUGUUUUUUUUUGGUCGAUUUUCUGUGUGGCUUUUUUUCUAUUUUUGAUAGUUAUAUUAAUUUGUAUUAAUUGGAAUAUUUUCUAUUUUUAGUCAAAAGUAUUAUUAUUGUUUGUGGGUGUCAUGUCCUUGGUUGGGGCUUGCUUUUCCAAUCAAUCAUCAUGUAGACUCCCGACUUUUUGGUAGUGGUUCGUCUUUGAAAUUUGUUUUAA